CGCCGCCGACAUAUUUGGUGUCAGUCGCCGCCGCUGUUAAUAUUUGUCGGCGCAGGGCUCUGGUUAAUUUGUGAAAAAAUUGCAAUUACAUUGUUUAACAGAACGAUUUAAAUUAAAAUCAAACAAAUAUGGAAAAAGUAGAACAAAACGAUAAUGUCAAUAGGGACGAAUUGAUUAUGCAGCAGCAGAGGGAAAUAGAAAAAGAGAUAAGUGAAUCCAUACCAUUGGUUAGUGAACAACUGCCGGUAACAUGUUUAAAUGUAGAGUAUUUGGGCGAUGCGGUAUUCACCUCUAAGAUACAAGAUUUGGCCAGUAAAUAUAAGUUUAUGCGUCGUACGAGACCAGAUGGCAAUUGCUUUUUCAGGGCAUUUGCCUAUGCUUACUUAGAACAUUUGAUCUCAAACAAAGAAGAUUAUGAAAAAUUUCGUCAGUUGGCUGAGAACUCCAAAGAGAAAUUAGUGCAGUUAGGAUUUCCUAGUUUUACUUUGGAAGAUUUUCAUGAAACGUUUAUGGAGGUGGUUAAACGUGUCGAUCCUUCAGGUUCUGCUGCCGUGGAUAUAAAUGAACAAUUGCACAAAGUUUUCAAUGAUCAGGGUUAUUCUGAUUAUGUUGUAGUUUACUUAAGAUUACUUACAUCGGGUAAACUACAAGAAGAGGCGGAUUUCUAUCAAAACUUUAUCGAGGGAAAUUUUACUAUUGAGGAAUUUCGUCACCAAGAGGUAGAGCCCAUGUACAAAGAAUCCGAUCAUAUUCACAUCAUUGCUCUGUGCUCAGCAUUGGGUGUAGGGGUACGUGUUGAAUAUAUGGAUCGGGGAGAAGGCGGCACUGUAAAGGCUCAUGAUUUUCCCGAAGGUACCACCCCUAAGGUGUUCUUAAUCUAUCGGCCCGGUCACUAUGAUAUUCUAUAUCCUAAAUAAAUAAAUAUUAAUUGUUUGAAAAACCAUCGACCUAAC